AUGCCUGCGGUUGUUGGGGAUCGCAAGGGGCGAAGAGGGGUAGCAGGUGGUGAGGCAAAGGGAAGUGCGGCAGAUGAGGCUGGGUUUGAGAGCGAUGGGAGUGCAGUUAGUUUUGACACGUCGCAGAGUUCUCAAAGCACAAAGGAUGGGAGGGCGGCGAGUUUUGUCGCAGCAGAAAGAAGCGAAGGGGCGAAGGAGGAAGAUGAGAAGGAUGAGAGGGAGGAGGAUGGGGAUGAGGCUUUACCGGUGUGUAAGCCUGUGGAGAGUGAUGGGGCACAGAGCGGGGGAAUAGGUUACCAACAGCAGCAGGUACAACAGGUGCAGCAUCAGCAGCAGCAGCAGCAGCAGCAGCAGAAGCAACAGCAGCAGCAGCAGCAGCAGCAGCAGCAGCAGCAGCAGCAGCAGCAGCAGCAGCAGCAGCAGCAGCAGCAGCAGCAGCAGCAGCAGCAGCAGCAGCAGCAGCAGCAGCAGCAGCAGCAGCAGCAGCAGCAGCAGCAGCAGCAGCAGCAGCAGCAGCAGCAGCAGCAGCAAGCAGCAGCAGCAGCAGCAGCAGCAGCAGCAGCAGCAGCAGCAGCAGCAGCAGCAGCAGCAGCAGCAGCAGCAGCAGCAGCAGCAGCAGCAGCAGCAGCAGCAGCAGCAGCAGCAGCAGCAGCAGCAGCAGCAGCAGCAGCAGCAGCAGCAGCAGCAGCAGCAGCAGCAGCAGCAGCAGCAGCAGCAGCAGCAGCAGCAGCAGAGCAGCAGCAACAGCAACAACAGCAACAGCAGCAACAGCAACAACAGCAACAGCAGCAACAGCAGCAACAGCAACAGCAACAACAGCAACAGCAGCAACAGCAGCAGCAGCAGCAGAUUCAAAACCCACAGAUUCAACAGUUGCAGGAGAGGGAAGAGGAUGGGGGAGGAGAUGGGGGAGGAGAGAGGCGUGGAGAGAGGGAACGUGGGAAAGGGAGCAGGGACGGGCGAGGGAACGAGGGCGAGCAACAGCAGGAGAGGGACCGCUCAGAAGUUGAGCGUGGAGCUCGCAGUAACGAGAAGGUGUAUGCUACCAUGCGCCGCUCUAAAGACCUCAAAUCCACCAGCGGCGGCGACCCAUCUGACCUUGUCAAACCCUUUGCAGGCUUUGAUGCGUCUAAAGUUCGCGGCGCGAUCACCCCGGGACGGUCUAGGGGGAAGGCUGCUGGGACCUCGUUCCGGGCAGCUGAGAAAAGCUUGCUGCCGGAUCUUGAGACGACGGUGAUGGAUUUGAAGCUUGAUCUGAAGGCCGCAGCAGGCGCAGGCUCGUCUCGCUUCUUAACCAGCAUGCUUUCUCCCAGGGGAAUUAUAGGCUCCUGGCGGGGUCCUAAAGUGGGGCUUUUAGGCGGGGAGAUUGGCUCUCUGCAGGAGCGGUACUUAGUUAAGCAGGAGAUUGGGAGCGGGUCGUAUGGGAUGAUCCGUGCUGUGAGGGAGAAGGAGACGGGCAAGACGUGGGCGUGCAAGAGCAUUGGCAAGGAGCAGAUACAGUCCAAAGCGGCAGUGGCUGCACUGCAACAGGAAGUGGGGGUGAUGCAGCUGCUCAAGGGGCAUCCGCAUGUGGUGGAGAUGAGAGAGACAGUGGAGGAUGACACGCACGUGCAUAUUAUUAUGGAGCUCUGCAAGGGAGGGGACCUCUUUGAUCGCAUCAAGCAGCGCAGCCGCUACGAGGAGAAACCCGCAGCAGCCGUGCUGCAGCAGUUGUCGCUGGUGCUGCGGGCGUGCCACUCCCUGGGAGUCAUGCACCGCGAUGUGAAGCCCGAGAACCUGCUGCUCUGCUCGCCCCAUGACGAUGUUGCUGUGAAAGUUACUGACUUUGGGAUUGCUGCGACGAUCAAGUCAGGCGUAAAGCUCACCGAAUUCAUAGGGUCGCACAUGUACAUGGCGCCAGAAGUGAUCAACAAGAGCUACAGUGCCGAGGCCGACGUGUGGUCAGCGGGAGUGGUCCUAUACGUGCUUCUGGCCGGCGUGCCGCCCUUCUGGGCCUCCACAGAAUCCGGAGUGCUCGAUGCAAUCGUAUCCAAGCCCCUCAACUUCUCCUUCCCUCCAUGGCCGUCCAUUUCCAAAGAGGCCAAGGACCUUUUAAAAGAGAUGCUUAAGAAAGAUCCGGCGGAGAGAAUCACACUGGACGCUGUGCUUGAGCACCCCUGGAUCAAGACUCACACUGCACAGUUGUGA